AUGAGCUCUUCUGAAGAUGUAGGUGAUACAAAGACCUAUAUUGAAUUAGACAAUGCAGAACAUGCUAAUAAUGAUGAUGAUGAUGACGAAGAUGACGAUGGUGAUAAUGAUUAUGACGAUGAAGGAUAUGAUGAUGAUACAGAGACAGUGUCUUAUUCACUAUUCUCCUACGACCCAUACGAAUCUUACGAUUGGGAAGCGUAA